UUAGUUUCUUUUAUUUGUGAAAUAGCUGAAAUGCGUAUGUCGUUCCCAGCAAUUAUUUCGCUAAUUUUGUAAAAGAGUUUGGGUUCGGCUGUAUGAAAGAUGUGUUGAUUGUUUGUUGUAAUAAUUUCAUAUAUACUUAGUACAUAAACAUUUUGGAUUGAUUACAAACUCUUUACAGUUAAAGAAGUAUUGACGCGUGUACCUGAAUAAAAUAAUUAUUGCCUUCUAACUAUAUAAAUUGGCAAAGUCAAUAUACACUGUAAAAAAGUAGCUGAAUUGUUUGCUUCCGAGUAAGUUACCAGCUCUGAUUAUUUAUAAACGACAAAAAAAAAAAAAAAAAAAAAAAAGAAACGUGGAAUUGUAGACGGAAAUGUCUACAGAAGAAGAAGUCGACACGAAUCCAUCCAAUAGCAUCGAUAAUGAUAUUGCAGGUUCAAAUAAUUUUGGAAUACCGAUUACCACCAAUAAUGUCAAUAAUAACUACGUAAGCUUCAACCAAUUUAUUAUGCCACAUAACUUUCAUAGCGGAGAUGGCAGUUUCCAUUCGGCAACUUUGACUUCAACGUCAACAUCUGAUCCAAAUAUAAAUAAUGCAUUUAAUACUGUUGUCAACAGAGCAAAUAAUGGGUUUGUAAACCCAACAAUCAAUAAGAAUAGCUCCUAUCAUUAUUUUCAGCAACCAAAUGACUUAUAUUGUAAUCCUCAUGCGUACUUUUAUAAUGGCGGUACUUCAAAUUCAAUAAGUUAUAGUGAUUUAGCCACAUAUAAUACCAGUAGUACCUUUGCCGUUAGUAGUGUGGAUUUUCAAGGAAAUGCUAAUAAUAAUCCCGUUAUAUCAAAUCCGUUUGCUGAUGUGUUUCAAAUUAGAUCAUCAAAUUUACAUGCAACAGCACCAGAAUUUUUUCCACGUUUUAACAAGCUUUCGUUAAAUGAUCCAAUUGAGGCUAACAGCAAUCAGUAUAAUGUAUUGCCAACGACUACUAACAAUAGUGAUUUAAUAAAUUCAGAAAGACAAGAAAUUGAGCAAAAUCCACUGGAACUAACAAAUCAGUUAUGCACACCUGUGAAUAAUUCACGUAUCGACUGUAAUAAGAAAAAAUUUGAUAAGUCUGCUAUGAGCACUAUUCCUUCUAGCUCUACAUCUUUGUUUCCUGCUUCAUUCAAUGAAAGUUCUUCAAAAAAUAAUAGAAAACAUUCAAAUAAUAUAAUGAAUGGAACAUCUGCACGAGUCGACCGGGACCGUGAUAAUAGACGUUAUCAAAAUUCACGAAGAUCAGAAACUUUCAACGAUCGAGAAGAUAGUAAUCAUAAUCGUCAUCGUUAUGAAAAUCAUAGAAGCAAUAAACGACGUGAUGACUGGAAUCGCAAUAGAGAUCGUAUUAAUGGAUUUCGCGUUGAAGAAAAAUAUUCUUCUGAUAUUAAAGAUAGUCCUAUAUCUUCACCAGAAAAGAAAUCGUCUCCAAAGAAGGAUGGUGAAAAUGAGAAAUUAACGCAGCGUGAAAAGCUGAUUCGGGACAUAGAGAAUCGAUGCCUCGAAUGUUUAGUUUGCGUUGAAGUAAUCAAAACUCAUCAAUCAGUUUGGUCUUGUAAUAAUUGCUAUCAUUUAUUACAUUUGAAUUGUAUCAUAAAAUGGGCAAACACUUCGAAAUCGGCUGAUGGCUGGCGUUGUCCAGCUUGUCAAAAUGUCGACAAAGAUGUGCCGCGUGAUUAUUUCUGUUUUUGUGGAAAGGUUAAAAAUCCUCAAUAUUCGCGUCAAGACUUGGCGCAUUCAUGUGGUGAGGUCUGCGGCCGUGUUGAUGGAUGUAUCCACGCCUGUACAUUACUUUGUCACCCUGGACCUUGUCCUCCUUGUCAGGCAAAUGUGUUACGUGAAUGUGGUUGUGGUAAAACUAAAAGAUUAAUGCAAUGCUGCCUUAAAGAUUUUAUUAAAUGCAAUUCUACAUGUAAUAAAUUCUUAAAUUGUGAGGUGCAUAGAUGCAAAGAAACUUGUCACGAAAAUAAAUGUGAACCUUGCACAGAAAAAAUUGAUCAAAAAUGCCAUUGUCAUGAUGUUGAGCGUCAAAUAACGUGCUCUAAGGAAACACAUGAUAAGCACGUUUAUUCUUGUGGCAAACCGUGUAAUAAGAAUUUAUUAUGCGGCAAUCAUAAGUGCAAAGACUGUUGUCAUCCUGGUGAAUGUCGAACCUGUAAGGUUAGUCCUGAAAAUGUUACCACUUGUCCUUGCGGUAAAACGUCUAUAUUGAAAGAACAACGAGAAUCCUGUUUAGAUCCGAUACCAGUUUGUGAAAAUGUCUGCGGUAAAGUAUUACGAUGUGGCAAACCAGCACAUCCUCAUAGUUGCACUAGCAAAUGUCAUGCUGGAAAUUGUCCACCGUGCAACAAGCAGACUGCUGUGAAAUGUCGUUGUGGUCAUAUGGACCAAAUGAUUAAAUGCCGUCAACUUUCUACUCGCGCAGAUGAUGCUAGAUGUAAAAAACGCUGUGUAAAAAAACGAUCCUGUGGUAAACACAAAUGUAAUCAAGAAUGCUGUAUAGAUAUUGACCACAUUUGUCCACUGCCGUGUAACUACACGCUAUCUUGUGGAAAGCAUAAAUGCGAUUUGCCAUGCCAUCGUGGUAAUUGUCCACCAUGUUAUCGCUCUUCUUUUGAAGAAUUGUAUUGUGAAUGCGGUGCUGAAGUUAUAUACCCUCCGGUUCCAUGCGGAACAAAGCGACCAACUUGUAACCGCCCGUGCUCACGCACACAUAAUUGUAAUCAUGCUCCUCAACACGGUUGCCAUUCAGCAGGGGCAUGUCCGCCAUGUAUGUUAUUUACUACAAAAUGGUGUUUUGGACAGCAUGAACAACGUCGCACUAUACCGUGCUCUCAAGCUAGCUUCAGUUGCGGGCUCGCUUGUAACAAGCCACUGCCUUGUGGACGACAUAAAUGCAUUAAACCUUGUCAUGAUGGAAGUUGUCAAACUCCAGGUGAAGUUUGCAAGCAAAAUUGUACUACAUUACGCACAACUUGCACACAUAAGUGUUUAGCAGCAUGCCACAAUGGAGCUUGCCCUGACACGCCUUGUAAAGAAAUGGUUGAGGUUCAAUGCGAGUGCGGCCAUAGAAAACAAAUGAGAGCAUGUUAUGAUUUAUCGCGAGAAUAUAGCCGUAUUGCAACCGCACAAUUGGCGUCAUCAAUGGCUGAAAUGCAGCGAGGCAAUUACAUGAAUUUAAAUGAAAUUUUAGCACCAGUUAAAACAAAUAAGACUCUUGAUUGCAAUGAAGAAUGCCGUUUGGCUGAACGAAAUCGUCGCAUUGCUAUUGGACUGCAAAUACGUAAUCCGGACACAUCGCAAAAACUUAUGACUAAAUAUUCAGAUUUUAUACGCGGUUUCGCCAAACGAGAUCCCACACUUGUUAAGUCCAUUCAUGAUGCACUUACUAACUUGGUAAAAUUAGCAAAGGAGAGUAAACAAAAAUCUCGCAGCCAUUCAUUUCCAACCAUGAACAGAGAAAAACGUCAAUUAGUGCAUGAAAUGUGCCAAAUGUUUGGUGUUGAAUCAGUAGCUUAUGAUUCGGAACCAAACCGCAACGUUGUUGCAACUGCCUAUAGAGAUAGAUCUUGGUUGCCUGCAGUAAGCGUUAUAGAUGUUAUACAGCGUGAAUCUGGACAAAGGCGAGUUCCUGUGCCAACCAACAAUGUGUGGGGCAACCGGAGAUAAAUACAGGAAUUAAAAACUUUUUUUUUAUACUUUUAAGUUUAUAGAUUGCUAAAUUCAAUUAUUCAAAUUCUUUUCUACAUUUUCUAAACACGUUUAAAAAUUCAUUACAUUUCUUUUAAAAAUUGCAUAAUUUUUCACAAAUAUCUCAAAUUCCACAAUUUUUUAAAAAUGCUCGCUGAAGCGAAAUUCCUUCAAAUAUUAAUAUUCAUUAAGAAAAUUUUAACAAAUUUUCUUACUAACUAAUUACAUGUAUGACAUCAAUUUCCAUAUUUGUAUACAGUAACGAACAAAUUGUAGGAAUUCAAUUAACAGAGAAAGAAAGAAAUUACGAUUUUGUAACAAAAUACGUUAAAUUAUGAGAUUAAAAAUGCUUUUU